AGGUUCGAGGUCAAAAUUAUUUUAUUUUAUAUUUUGAUUUAAAGAUAUAAAAAAAAAAAGUCUAAAAAAUAACUUGAAUCAUGAAUAUGUAGUGUUGUUAAAGUGAUAUUUUGUUGAAGAUUUUGGCUCGUGCCACGUUGAGGUCACGCUUCAUGCUCUGUUGAUGCCUGUCCCUUCCUCUAGAUGCCUACUGUAUGCAGCAUAUUCUUCUUCUGGAUAUUCUCAUUGUUGUCUCAUCAUAUUGUUCAGUUUUAACCAAGCAAUCGAUAUAUCAACAGUGUCAAGUAUCAGUAAUAUUCAUUGCAGCUAUAAACACAAGACCCGAAUACUCAGGUACUUGGUAAAAUUGUAUGGGUAGUUUGCAAGAAAGACAAUGUAUUUGGCGCCGGUAUCACAGAGCUUAUCACCCUUAUGUUACCUGCAAACAAUUUACGGACCUAGGUGAAUUCAGUACAUCGAUCGAGUCUCUGGGUGACUCAACAAAGCAGUGUAACACAUGCUGUCCAAGUUAACGGAUCAGAGAGUGAAUGAAUUUGCGUAAAAUAAAUACAUUGACCAUAACAAAGAAAAUAUGAAAGUACACAACAGUAAAAUAGACUAAACAGUAGUAUUAUUUUAUUUAUUUUUGAACUUUUAUUACAAAAAAACAACAUGAAAAAAUCAAAAUUAAUUGGGAUAAUUGGUGGUGUAAUUGGAGUUUUGUUUGUUGUUCAAAAUAGCAAUGGAAAAUAUUUGGAGGGGCUCAGUAUAAACUUGGGUGAGGCAUUACAAUUUCUUCGAGAAUAUGAUCGUGAGGCAUCUUCAAUAUGUACUAAAACCAUGACAGCACAAUGGAAUUUUGCAACAAAUAUAACAGAUGCAAAUCGCAGAAAAAUGCUAGAUGAACAAACUUCAAAGAUAAAAUUUGAAAGAUCAUCGUGGAAAAAAGCAGUAAGUUUUGCAUGGUCAAGACUACCUGAUCCAUUGGCAAGAAGACAAUUAAAAAUGAUUGCUGUUAAGGGAAGAAAUGCAUUGACAGAAGAUAAAUUCAAUGAAAUUCAUCAUGUUAUCGUUGAGAUGAAAGAAUUAUACACGCGAACAAGACUCUGUCCAUAUAAAAAAAUGGGAAUAAUUUGUGAUUUAGAUAUGGACCAUGAUGUGAGUAAAAUCAUGGCACAAUCACGUGAUUAUGAUGAAUUGUUGCAUUAUUGGCGAGCCUGGCAGGAAGCUAUUGGGCCUCCAUUAAAAAAUAAAUAUAUUCGUUACGUUCAAUUGGCUAAUCAAGCUGCAAGAUUAAAUGGUUUUUCUGAUGCUGGUGAUCAAAUGCGUGAGGCAUAUGAAGAUGCUUAUUUUCAACAAAAUAUUGCUGAAGUUAUAUCAGCAAUAACACCACUCUAUAAACAUUUAUUUACUUAUGUCCGAACAAAAAUGAUUGAAAGAUACGGUGAUAAAGUACGCCCAGAUGGUCCAAUGCCUGCUCAUUUAUUAGGAAAUUUAUGGAGUCAAAAUUGGGAAGGUAUAUACAAUUUGGUUGAACCUUUUCCAGCUGCAAAACGGUUAGAUAUCACCUUGGAUAUGAUAAUUCAAGGUUUUACACCAUUGAGAAUGUUUCAAAUGGCUGAGGAAUUUUUUACUUCACUUGGAAUGAAGCCAAUGCCACCAGAAUUUUGGAGAUCAUCAAUGUUUGAAAAACCAAUUGAUCGUCAAGCAAAAUGUACAUCAAGUGCAUGGGAUUUUUGUAAUAAAAUUGAUUAUCGAAUAAAACAAUGUACAAAAGUUACAAUGGAGGAUCUUUUAUCAACUCAUCAUGAAAUGGCACAUGUGCAAUAUUAUCUUCAGUAUAAAGAUCAGCCUUUGUUAUUUAGAAAUGAGGCACUUCCUGGAUUUCACGAGGCAGUAAGUGAUGCCAUCGAGUUGUCAGUUAUGAAUCCAAGACAUUUACAAAGAAUUGGUUUGUACAACAACUCUACCGAGGACUACGAAAGCAAUAUAAAUUUUUUAAUGCUGAUGGCAUUAAGAAAAGUAGCGUAUUUACCUUUUGCUUAUAUUGUCGAUCAAUGGAGAUGGAGAGUUUUUAGUGAUGGAGUUUCUGAUAUGACAACAAGAUGGUGGGAAUUGAGACUCCAGUAUCAAGGUAUCGUUCCUCCAAUUCCAAGAAUUGAACGAGACUUUGAUCCUGCAUCAAAAUAUCAUAUUCCAGCUGAUAUACCGUAUGUCAAAUAUUUUGUUGGAAUUAUAAUGCAGUUUCAAUUGUACGAAUCUCUUUGUGAUAUUUCUGGACAUCAAGGAAAUCUUCAUUUAUGCGAUAUUUAUCGUUCUCGAGAAGCUGGUAGAUUAUUAACUGAUGUUUUAUCACAGGGCUCUUCUAGACCUUGGCAGGAUAUUGUUCGAGAAAUGACAAGAGGACGUACUAAUCGUAUUGAUGCUGGAGCAAUUUUAAGAUAUUUUGAACCACUCUAUCAAUGGCUGCAACGACAAAAUCAAAUGGAACCAGUUAUUGGUUGGAUCACCAGUCAAGAUGACACAGCUUUAUUUGCACAUUGGUAUGGAAACUUUGCAAAUGCUCUUGUUGUUUGUAAUCCAGUUAUUUGUCUAUUAGCACUCAUGACAAUACUGGUGAUUCAAUAAAGGACAAAACAAUGUAUCACAAGACUAAAAUUAAAUUUAAAAAGUGUAUAUAAAACUUUAAAACUAUCUAUACAUUAUUCUUUUUUUUCUAAGCUAUAUAGAGUUAAUGUUGCUGAUAAAAAAAUAUAAAAUGUAUCAAUAAAUGUCAAUGAAAUGAAACA